UUAAGUAUUUCCACCCGGAGUUAUUUACAUGGUACACAAUUUGUGGAGAGCGGGGCAAGGGCCAGCAGACGUUUGACUUCGGAGAUGCUUGUAAGAUAUUUGAGCGCUUUUAAAAAUUGAAACAGCAGUAGUGCGCGAUUCGUGCAUAUCGACCCACUAACCGGGUAAGUUCACAAUGGCUUCCGUAGCCACCGAGGUCUCGGCCGCCGCGGACGGUUUGGAGGAGACGAGACUGCUGCUGUGUGAUGAGUUCGCGUCCGUCACCGGGACAGACGGCGCCGUGGCGCAGUGCUAUCUGGCUGAGAAUGAUUGGGACAUGGAGAGAGCUGUGAACUCGUAUUUCGAGGCAGACAUGGAGUCAGCAUUCGAUGUUCAGUUUGUCGAAGAGACGAGAAAAGAGAACGACAGCACAGAAACAAAAAGAAAAGCUUCAGUGGAUCCGGAGAAUAGCUCAGACAGCAGCAGGAAGCGGUUAAGAACAGCCAACACUAGCUGGUGCAUCGACCUGACCAGCGAGGAGCCCAGCAGCUCUGGUAGCACGCCGUCAGCCGACAGCAAGACACACACACACACACACACGCACACACACACACACACACAGCCAGCAGAGGAGGCGGAGCCAGAGGCGGACGGCAAGCUGUCGCUGCUCACCUGGAACGUGGACGGACUGGACACUCUGAACCUGGGAGAGCGCGCCAGGGGCCUGUGCUCUUACCUAGCGCUCUACACUCCAGACGUGGUGUUUCUGCAGGAGUUGGUUCCACCGUACAUCCAGUACAUCAGGAAGAGAGCCGUCAGCUACAUCAUCAUCGAGGGUGGGGAGGAAGGCUACUUUACUGGCGUGAUGCUGAAGAGGUCGCGGGUGAAGCUCCUGGAGAGUGAGGUGAUUCCGUACCCCAUGACCCAGAUGAUGAGGAACCUCCUAGUGGUGCAGGCCAACUUCCAGGGCCAGGAGCUAUGUCUGAUGACAUCACACUUUGAGAGCUGCAAGAACCAAUCAGAGGAGCGCAUGAACCAGCUGAGGCUGAUGCUCCAGAAGAUGCGGGAGGUUCCGGAAAAGACCACCGUCAUCUUCGGAGGAGAUACCAACCUCAGAGACUCCGAGGUGGUGAAGGUGGGAGGUCUGCCGGUGGGUGUGUGUGACGUGUGGGAGGUGCUGGGUCGGGUGGAACACUGCCGCUACACGUGGGACACGCAGGCCAACAGCAACAAGAGCGUUCCGUACGUCAGCCGCUGCCGCUUCGACCGCCUCUACCUGCGGCCCGCACGCCCCGCCCACAACAUGGCCGCCCAAAACAACAUGGCCGCCCAAAACAACAUGGCCGCCCAAAACAACAUGGCCGCCCAAAACAACAUGGCCGCCGCCCACAACAUGGCCGCCCAACACAAGAUGGCCGCCGCCCACAACAUGGCCGCCCAACACAAGAUGGCCGCCGCCCACAACAUGGCCGCCCAACACAACAUGGCCGCCGCCCACAACAUGGCCGCCCAACACAAGAUGGCCGCCGACCACAUGAUCCUGGUGGGGCAGGAGAAGCUGGACUGUGGACGCUACGUCAGCGACCACUGGGGCAUCUACUGCACCUUCACCUGCUGAGCACACACACACACACACACACACACACACACACACACACACACACACACACACACACACACACACACACACACACAUGUGGCAGUGGUGCCCUAACUGUGGGAGUGGGUCCUGUGGGAUGCGGUGGAUGGCAGGAGUUGAUGCCCACACACAUUUACAUGGAGAGAAGUGUGUGUGUGUGUGUGUGUGUGUGUGUGUGUGUGUGUGUGUGUGUGUGUGUGUAGAAGGAAGCAGAAGAGACUGAAGAGCAGUAGAUUAUUUCAUGAGGAGAUCGUCUCAUUUUGUGAGUUGAGUAAGAAAACUGUAAACAACAGCCUCCUGACAGUUCUGACAGGAAGACUGUCUCUACAUCACUUCCUGUGCAGAUGGGUCUCAGGCUGAGUGUGAGAGUGUGUGAGAGUGUGUGAGAGUGUGUGAGAGUGUGUGAGAGUGUGUGUGUGUGUGUGUGUGUGUAAAGAAGAGUGCUUCGUGGCCUUUACCCUCAGUGCCAUCCGUGCUCUUUUAAAAGCCCUACUGGUGGAGUGUGUUAGGAGAUGUGUGUGUGUGUGUGUGUGUGUGUGUUCUCAUGUGUUAGGAGAUGUGACUGAAUUCUUGUUUUAGGAUUUGAAAUAAAUAAUGACAUUUAAUCUGUCCAAAUAAAGACUGCCCAAGCUG